AUGGCCUCAGCUCAGGACAUCGCCGGGUCUCUCCCCAUUGCUCGCCGAGUUUCUCACAGCCAGGGGCUGUCUACCUCACCAGCCGCUACCUUCCACUCCCCCCCCUCCAGCUUCGGCGGCCAGGGAUUGGCGCGUCGACCUGCGCCUAAGCACUUGAAGCCCUUUGAGACUCAGGACAUCAAGAUCCUGCUGUUGGAAAACGUCAACCAGACCGGACAAGACAUUCUCAGGGGUCAAGGUUAUCAAGUCGAGGCUCUCAAGACCUCCCUGCCUGAGGAUCAGCUCAUCGAGAAGAUUCGGGAAGUUCAUGUGAUUGGUAUCCGGUCCAAGACAAAGUUGACCGAGAAGGUGUUGCGUGAGGCGAAGCAUCUUCUCGUCAUCGGUUGCUUCUGCAUCGGCACUAACCAGGUCGACCUGGAAUUCGCUGCGAAACAUGGUAUUGCUGUCUUCAACUCUCCGUUCGCCAACUCUCGAAGUGUUGCCGAGUUGGUCAUUGCAGAAAUCAUCACCCUUGCUCGCCAAUUGGGCGACCGCUCAAGCGAGAUGCACCGCGGUUUCUGGAACAAGGUGAGCGCGAAAUGCUGGGAGAUUCGCGGCAAGACACUUGGUAUUGUCGGCUACGGCCACAUUGGCUCACAACUGUCCGUCCUCGCCGAGGCCAUGGGCAUGACAGUCAUUUAUUACGACGUAGUAAGCCUUAUGGCCAUGGGUACUUCCAGACAGGUCCCAACUCUCGACGCCCUCCUGGAGGAAGCCGAUUUUGUUACUCUACACGUGCCUGAGCUUCCCGAAACGAAGAACUUGAUCUCAACCCACCAGCUGGAGAAGAUGAAGACGGGCGCGUACUUGAUCAAUGCUAGCCGUGGCAGUGUUGUGGAUAUUCCCGCGCUGGUCAACGCGAUGCGGCACCGGCAAAAUUGCCGGCGCUGCAUUGGAUGUCACCGAGGAGGCCCAGAGGAGAUCGGUGUCGAAGUUGCGGAUGCGUUGGUUAGGUAUAUUAACCAGGGAAUCACACUUGGAAGUGUCAACCUACCUGAGGUGAACCUCAGAUCCCUCACACUAGAUGAGCCCGACCAUGCCCGUGUCAUCUACAUCCAUCAAAAUGUUCCAGGUGUUCUGCGAAAAGUCAACGAAAUCCUUGGAAACCACAACGUUGACAAGCAAAUUACCGACAGCAGGGGCGAUAUCGCCUACCUCAUGGCGGACGUCAGCAGCGUCAAGGCCAGCGAUAUUAAGGAGAUUUCUGACGGUCUGGACUCGUUGAGCUCUCGCAUCUUGACCAGGGUUCUUUACUAGACGGCUACGACUGUGAAACCAGGCUUUUGAGGGGUUGUCGAUCCUCGACGACCUUCAAUGUUUCAACAUGCAGAUUGGGUUUUAUUCAACGGACAGACCUGACAUUCAACCGGGAAUGGAAACAGAGAGAUGUUUCUGGGCGUGACACGUCUGCUGGAUGCUGGACUUCAACUAACAGCAAAGGCCUUACGACACUAAGCAUUGGCCAAGUGCGUACUGCGGGAUGGGUGACAGAAUGAGGAGCAGGCCUUAAUUGAAUGAUAAAUUAUUGUCCCGAAGGGCUUGAACAAGAUCGCUCGAAUCCCACG